AUGCCUCACCCUCUGAUAGCUGGAGGUGCCGUAGUUGCCGUCUCGGUCGCUGUCGCCACCGCCGUUGCCAUUUUCGAGUCGCCUGAAGUGCGACGAUACGCCGAUGAUGUUCGCCGCAGGAUAGCCAUCGCCUUGCAUUCCAUGGGCGAGGGCAUCGAACCUCCCUAUCGUGAGCCAAGAUUCAAUAGACCCGAGGAUGCUGAUGGCUUUCUUCAGUCUCGUGGUGGUGCUGAAGCUGGCGUUGACGCCGAUGAGGAAACUCGUCGAAGACAACGUGAGGAACUGCUCUACUGGAACUCGGUCAUGUUGGAGAAGCAAGAGAAGGACCAGAAGGAGAAAGGCGAGACUAGCCCAUCCGUAACCGACUCGCAACGACGAGGCUCUUCUUUCGACGAUUUCCUUCGUCAAGAUGAUAGCGCUGAACAAGGAACAUAUGUUUUCAACACUGGAGCUGAUACCCGAGGAAUGGAUGAGGGCCUACGCCGUCGUGGCGAUGGUCCACGCGGUUUCACUCCUCUGUACACCAACCCUUUUGCCGACGAACACCACAUCGACCAUGACGAGAUUAACGAGGAGCCUGAGCAAACCCGACAAAUUGCCCCUGCUGCCGACGAAGUCUCUGAUAUCUACAGCGCCACCACCCAGGACAAAGACGAGAAGCCCACUGCCGCCGUUCUUAUUGAUGCCGACCCCACCCCCGCCCGCUCCGAGACUGCCUCCACUGCUACCCUCGAGCGAGAGAUCGGCGUUGAUGAGUACAUGACCGCCGGCCAGGAAAAUCACGACGAGGCCUACGCAUCUAUUCAGGCCUGGGCGCAAAACACAAGCACCGAUUUUUACUCACCACUUCCCAUCACUCCUACAGCCCCCAUGUCCGAGCCUGAGAUUAUCAGCGACGACGGUAUGCUGACUCCCACCGACUCCGUUUCCCUUGUUGGUUCGGGUGAGGAUGUUGCCAACGAUGCGCAAUCGUCCAGGGCCGGCGAGAACGGUCGCUAUUACGAUGUCAUGAGCGAGAGCUCUGGCAUGGCCACACCCGCAAGCUGGUCCGAGAUUGGCAGCGUCAUCAGCGAGAGCGAUGCUCCUGUUCCUGUGCGCCGAUAA